UUUAUGAUCCUAGCAUGCCAGAGUCUAUUCCUAUUGUUCUGUUUCUUCGUCGUGGAAUACGACGUUUUUGUGGGCUAAUUCAGAUAUGGUUCCGAGCAAUGCUUGUAGGAGCUGUAUGGUUGAUAACGUUACCUUAUAUGACUGUUUGGGUAUGGAGAUUUUAUUUUUGGAGCGGAGAGAGUGUAGCUUUUAGUCUGAAUGGUCAGAGGCCACCUUCUAGAUUGACAGACAAUAACAACACUAUGACUGGUGAAAAGAGUGCGUUGGCCAUCUUUUAUGUUGCACUACUCAAAGGAACAUUAUGGUAUAUUCCCCCAGAGGCUGUUGAAUUUGUUGAGGCCUAUGGCGAUUUUGCCAGUAAGUUUUUAGCUGACACAUUUGAAGGACAGAUCAUUACAUGCGUUGUAGUAAUAGUGUUUGUGGCUGUAUUUAUGUUGAGAGAAUGGAUAGUACAAAAUACUCCAGCUGAAGAUGGGUUGGAAAACGAUGAAUUGGACAUUUUAGAAAAUGAAGCAAUUCAAAAUGAAGGAAUGGAAAAUAAUGGAAUAGGUUUGCCAAAUAUCGCACCAAUACCUGAACAAAAUGCUAACCGUCCUGAACAGCCAGAAAAUAAUAAUGAUGGGGAAUUCGUUUUUCAGAAUGGCAUUCGCAUACCAUUAUUUCAGCCACAAUUACAGUUCGAGAAUUUGGAGCCAAUACAACAACCCGAACAUGAACCUAUACAGAAUCAAGCGCAAGAUACUGGCGAGUUACAUAUGGAAAACCUUGUACCACAAACUGAAAUGCCAGGAUUAAAUCAGAAUGAUAUCGAAUCGGACUGGGUGGAGGAUGAAUACCAUCAAAUAAAUAAUGACGACACACAAAUUGAAUCAAAUGUCGAAGCAAUUGAUAAAAAUCCGAGUUUUUUGUAUCAGAAUGAUUUCGAAGGUGACAAUAAUUUCGGCAGUACCCAGUCUGUUUCAACAUCAUCAGUAUCUCAUUCGACAUGGGAUAACGAACAAUCAACUGAUAACAGUAGUAAAUCUAUUGUUGCAGAUGUGCAACAACCUCCUUUUUAUGUUCCAUACGCGGCAGCAGGUACAAGACUUUCUAUAUCUGAUUACAUGGAUGAAAUAAAUCAAAAGGACGAAGAUGAACCUUUGGUUCAAUCGGAUUUUUUGACUGGAUAUCCUAAAACUGAUGAAUUGCCCUCAUCAUCACAAAAGUUACCAUCGCUUGCUUCAAACAACUCCAAUUUGGGACAAUUCGAGUCAAAUUGUGUCGAUUCUGAACAAGAUGACGAGUCAAAAAGUAAAUCCACACAAAGUUUUUUAUCGUCUUCAAAGACAGCUUCUGCACAGUAUAAUAUUAAUAAUAUCGGAGGAACUCGAAGGAUACGACCAAUUAGUAAAGUGAGAAGGGUAGGUGCCCCAACUCCGGGCCCAUUAAAUACUCAAAAGCUUGGUACCACCUCAACAAACUCCUCACCUUGUGACAAUGAAGAAACUGUUAAAGAUGCUUCUACGAUAGAUUUAAACUACCAUAAAGCUUCUUCUACUAAAGUAUCGCCUUCUGAUAACAAUGGUGAUUAUGAAGAGGCAUCAGAGACAUCAGAUAGUGACGAAGAUAAUGAAGAUAUAAAUCUUCAAGAAAAGUACCCGAGAGAAAUUGGCACAGCCUACAGCCCUUCAAGAGAUAUAACAAAUGGAAAUGUUUAUUAUGCUGAUGAUUCAGCAUUCGCCCUGCAUCGCAUUCCUAAGAAUGGCCCAAAUUCAUCGAUUACCGACCUUUUUGGAAACAAUAAUCCAAUCGAAAGGGAAAAUGCUGAACAAGGAGAAGGACCUGUGGAUGCAAUAGAUGGUGGCAACAUCGGUCAACCUGAUCCUGGCUUGGAUGUUAAUAAUAUUCAGCAACAAGCAAGACAAGAACAGCAAGCUGAUACAAUUUGGACUCAAUUUUGGAAUUGGGUCGCCAACGUUUUGAAUGAUAUACCUGAUCUUAAUAAUGAAGCACAAGAUAACGAUCCACAAGCUGUCAAUGACGACCAAGUUGCUAUGAAUCCACCCAUUGGCCCAAUAAGAAGAGAACCCAAUGCAGAAGCACCUGUUUUUCCGGUUCCUGUAUUUAAUGAAGCUAUCGAUGUUCCAGUUGCUGGUCCUGCUUUAGGUCUUGAACCAGAAGAGGAAGAGGAAGAAAACGUUGCCAAUGAGGACCUUGAAGGAGUUUUAGAAGCCAUCGGCAUGAGAGGCUCUUUGUGGAUGCUUGCUCAAAACUCCGCAUUGAUGGCAGUAUUAAUUGCUUUAUGUCUAUUUGGCUCGGUUUGGCUGCCUUACUUUGUUGGCAAAGCAUUUUUACUGGUCAAACCUUUGAACUUGAUACAACUUCCAUUGACUUUAUUGCGGAAAUUGACUGACCCUUUGGUCGAUCUAAUAAUAGAUACCACAUUACCUUGGUUAUGGGGGUUCAUCUUACCAAUAUUAAAAUCAUUAUGGAACUUAAUUUAUCCUACUUUAUCUCCAAUGGUUAAAGACACGUCCUUAAUGGUUUACAUACAAGACAUUUCAAACCAGUCUCGAUACAUUAUAGCCAAUUCUGCAUCUUUGUUGACACAAAUCACCUCCGCAUCUGGGAAAAUAACAAGUGGUACUGGUAUAGAUAGUAAUGUAAAUCAUAUCUCUGAGUUCCUUGAAGGCCAAAACUUAACAGUACUUGUAAAAAUAAUCGAUCGGUGGAAUGGAUUUGCUUAUGGUAAUACACCAACGGACAAAAUUGUCUGCAUUUUCUGUGGAUAUUCGAUCAUUAUCCUUUUGUGCGUGUGGUAUCUAUCACGGACAAGAAAUCCGUAUGGUCGUACCGUUGGACGUGCUGCUCAAAAAGUGCUGCGACAACAGGGCAUUGUCUUGAAGGUUGCGUUUUUUGUCGCUAUUGAAUUGUUAAUUUUUCCCAUUAUAUGUGGUAUCUUGUUGGAUCUAUCUACCUUACCACUUUUCCCUGAUGCCACCCCGACAUCUCGCUUGGAGUUCUAUCUCGAAUCCCCUGUCACUUCAACAUUUCUUCAUUGGUUUACUGGCACUGCAUUUAUGUUUCAUUUUGCGGUGUUUGUUUCUCUUUGUCGUGAAAUUGUCCGUGCUGGCGUUAUGUGGUUCAUUCGUGAUCCAAACGAUCCGCAAUUCCAUCCCAUCAAAGAAAUUUUAGAAAGACCUGUCUGGACACAGUUGAAAAAAAUUGGUGCAAGCGGUAUUAUGUACAGCGCUAUGAUCGUAUGUGGAUUAGGAAGUGUUAUAUACUUCAUUAGAUAUGCUUUUAAUGGCAUAUUACCUUUGCAAUGGUCGUUUACCGAACCUAUAUCGGACUUUCCUGCUGAUCUUUUGGUAUUCCAUAUCAUUAUCCCUGUCACUGUCACAUUGGCGAAGCCUAAGCGUUUGUUCCGUACAUUAUUUGAAAAUUGGUGGCAUAUUACCUCACAUCACCUUCGAUUGACAUCCUUCAUGUUUGGAGGACGUCAUUAUGAUGAAGAAGGUACACAUGUUCGAAAGACAUGGCGUGCCUUUUUCCUCUUUUUUAAGGCACCAAUUGUUGAUAAUAAUGCAGUUGAAAAUGAUGAUGUUGUCUUCGUGAGAGAUGGUGGGUUUGUUCGAGCACCAAGUUAUGACGCCGUACCCGUAGAACCUGGAAAACGGAUGUUGAUACCUGUUACUGAAGAUGGUACUUUGAUCGAUCCUAAUGAUGCACCGGCCGUAGAUGACGAUCAGCCCGUCUAUACUAUUGUUUAUAUUCCUCCUAAUUUCAGAGCAAGAAUUAUAUUGUUUUUAUUUCUUAUGUGGUUUUGUGGUUCUUUGUUCUGUUGUUCAGUGACCGUUUUACCUCUUUUGACUGGUCGAUUUAUUUUUCAAUCUAUUCUUUGUUAUGAACGUCCCGUCCACGACUUAUACACAUUUACAGUUGGCUUAUAUGUCAUGUGGUCAUUAGGCAUCACUCUUGAAUGGUUAAUACGGAAAUGUCAAGCUUUCGCCGAAAAACGAGACCGUUAUGCUGAUUGGGCUGACAUAAAGCGUAAAAUAGGGCAAGGAAUUAUCAUAUUCGCAAAAAUAGCAUAUCUCUUUAUAUCUUUCGGUAUUGUUAUUCCAUUCCUUCUUUCUUUGGUUAUUGAAUUAUAUAUAAUUCUUCCUUGGAAGAAACCUACUACGGACGUACAAAUGAUUUCGUUCUUGCAGGACUGGGCUUUGGGUGUUGUUUAUAUGAAAAUUGCAUAUCGUAUUAUAUUUAUGUUGCCCGAUAAUGUUUAUAGUAGAGCAAUCAAUGAAAUUACUGUACAUGGCAUUAGACGCUUAAAUGUUAAAUUGGCAACGACCGUCUUUAUUAUUCCUAUUGGUGGUUCGGCAUUGUUAGCGGUUAUAUUUCCAGCUGUCACGGCGUGGGGAAUUAUACAUUUGUCGGGCAUUACAAAUGCCAUUACAAUAGCUAGAAUAAAUCGAUUUAUAUAUACAGUUUUUUUGGCGAUGGUAUUCGGGUAUCGAAUUCAAAGACAAACUACACAAUUAAUAGAAAAUUGGAUGCAAACAGUUAGGGAUGAAGAAUAUCUUAUAGGACGAAGGCUACAUAAUAUAGAACCAAAUGAGCAAGCUGGAAAUGACAGCAAUGCUCGUAAUAAUCCUAAUAAUGCCUCAAUGGCAGCAUAG